UCUAAUACCCCAAGAAUGGGGGCAGCUGCCGCUCGUGUCUUCAACCCGCUGGGAGGCCAUCUGAUCCCCCUCUGUAUCUGGACUUUCCACAGCGUCUUAACAUACAAAAGAAACAGCAGCGAUGUUCGGUUUUUGUUCUUGUUCGGUUUGAGGCGACGAAAGAAAAAGAAACGGCGGCUUGACUUGUCGUUGGGGACUUUUGGGGGGCAUGCUUGUCCACACCGUCGGGAAAGAGCAGAGAGUGACAGUCAAUUCUGUCCGUUCCCAUCUGGAGACAUGCACUGGACGGUGGCUGAUUGCAAAGCGCUGCUGCUGCUGAUUGUUCUACUGUGGGAUGGAACUGGAGCCUUUGGACUGAAAGCCAUAGGAUGGCCGCUUUAUUCUCAGAAGCCCCUGCUGCUGGCGUGGAACGCCCCGACAGAGGACUGCUUCCCGCGGCACCGCGUCUCCCUUCAGCUUGACCAGUUCCAGAUCGUGGCCUCCCCCAACGAGGGCUUCGUGAAGCAGAACCUUACCAUCUUUUACAAUGACCGCCUGGGCCUGUACCCCCACUUCGAGCCUGACGGAACGCCUGUUAACGGUGGUCUGCCGCAGGUCGCCAGUCUGGCGCAUCACCUGGACAAGAUGCCAGAGGGGGUGAAGAAGUACAUACGUGAGCCCAGCGCCAAAGGCCUGGCGGUUAUUGACUGGGAAGAAUGGCGCCCCCUUUGGAUACGCAACUGGGAGGCUAAGGACAUUUACCGCAGGCAUUCUCGCGAGCUGGUGCGACAGAAAAACCCCACCUGGCCGCCCGAGCGGGUGUCCAAAGUGGCCCUGCAGGAGUUUGAGAUGUCCGCCAAGAAGUUCAUGCUGGAGACGUUGAAGCUGGCCAAGCACCUGAGGCCCAACCAGCUUUGGGGCUUCUACCUGUUCCCGGACUGCUACAACCACGACUACAGGCGCACCCUGGAGAGCUACACGGGCCGCUGUCCCGACGUUGAGGUGGCGCGCAACGAGCAGCUCAAUUGGCUGUGGACUGAGAGCACCGCGCUCUUCCCGUCCAUCUACAUGGGCAAGGUGCUGCGCUCUUCCGCCUCCGGACGCCAGUUCGUGAGGAACCGUGUGAAGGAGGGCAUGCGCUUGGCGUCGUCGGGUGACGGGCUGGCGCGCCCCGUCUUUGUGUACACUCGACCCACGUACAUGAACUCCCUGGAGCAGUUGACAGAGACGGACCUGGUGUCAACCAUCGGGGAGAGCGUGGCUUUGGGAGCAGCGGGCAUCAUCCUGUGGGGAGACGCAGCCUAUGCCAGCAACAAAACCACCUGCUCGGAGCUGGAUGCUUAUCUCCGGGGUCCAUUGGGCAAAUACCUCCUCAACGUCUCCACGGCAGCCGAGGUAUGCAGCCAGGCUCUGUGCUCUUCCCACGGCCGCUGUCUCCGGCAGGACCCUGACGCCGAAGUUUACUUGCACCUGAACCCCGACACACACAGCGUGCGGGCCGGUCUCGGCGGCAAGCUGGAAGUGGUAGGCGAGCCGGGCCAGGCGGACCGGGCGGGCUUCGGCGCCGGGUUCCUGUGCCAGUGCUACAGCGGCUUCGAAGGGGAGCGCUGCGAGAAGAUGGACCCUCUGUACCAGAAAGGAGCGGCGUAUACAAUCUCAGCAUUGACACUGCAGCGUGUGAUCUUACUGCUUUUUUAUGUCGGGGUGCAACACAUACUGUAGACCAGGGGGACUCAAACUUUUUGGGUCUCUGGAAACUCUUACCUGGGUUGCAAAGGGAGGGAAAUUGCUAAAGGGGAAAGUAUCUGGAAAGUUUACAGUAAAUGUCUAUGGGAAGUUAAGAUGGAGAAUUUAGGAAAUAUUCUCAAUUGGAAACUUUGUGAAUCAUGUGAAUCAUGGGAGUUUAUGAUAAUUUCAUGCAAAUCAUAUUCAAUCAUAAAUACAACAACAAAAACAUCUACAAAACAUGGGACAUUAUUCCUGCAAUAAUAUGGCUAUUGUUCUAAAAAAAAAAAAAAAAAAAAAAAAAAACCCCCGCCUAAAACAAGACAAAA